CGCAUCAGAACCACCACCAUCAUCCUCUGCCGUCUGCACUGACGUUCCACGACAGGCCCCCUCAAUCUCUCUGCAUACUUAAUCACCUCUCCCCGAUGUCGUUGCAGCAGUCGUAGUCAUAGCUGCCCGCUUCUGCACCUGGACUAGCUGCCCAACGGAGCUGAGCUAGGGAGCACCGCGCCCUGGGCGCUUGAUCGAACAGCCUCACAACAACCAUAGCUUGGUAAUGGACAGUUGGAAACCAUUGCAGCCGAACAGUCGGCAUGUGCCGUCCAUUCAAGAUGCAUACGCAGCUCCAGCGCAGUCUACCCGGCAGGCCCCGCCGGCACACCCACAUCCGCCCGCCGCAAGUAGACCUUCGGUGCCAGGUUCUAAGAGAGCCUCUCUCUUCUCCUGGAGUGGUCGCGGCAAUGCUUCCAAAUAUGCGGCGCCUCCAGUGGACGCCAGCUCUUCCUUGCCUGGCAUAGGCUCUGGCUCCAAAUGGGCUUCAGCCGCAAGAAGAAGGAGCGGGACUGAUCGUGCCAUGGCAGAGGGCGACGAAACCCUCAUCGGUAACCUGCCUGCACCGAUACACGCCAUGAUCGCAGAUCUGCUGAAUCUGCAGGAUGUCGCAAACUACAUGCUCUCGUGCCGUAAGAUUGCAUAUAUUAUUGCCAAAGAAGAUUUCUGGCAUAGAAGAGCUGUUGCAGUUCAGUGGGCGCACGUCAAGGGAGUCGAGGUGGAGAACGCUGGAGUACAGACGACAAUAUCACCUUCCCCUUCCUCAGCGACUCAGAUCAACGGCCAGACUCGUGCAGAAUCGCAGACACUUGCAGAAGAUGAGGAGUGGACGGACUUUUCUUCCGCGAAGAUGACAGUUGCUGCUUCAGGCGAUUCAUUCCGGCGCUUAUCGUUUUCGACAGUCGGCUCAGUGCCAGCCUCGUCCACAAACGCUGUCUUCUCCUUCAGCAAUGAGGUCUCUCUACCUUCGGGGCGCUUGUCACCUUCCUACUGCGCCCUCAGAUCGUACAAAAUUGCUCUGCGACCCAUCCUCGAGAGUCUAGAGGCGAGCGAAAGUGCAGACGCCAGUACUCUGUUCACUACAGCGACUUGGGGACCGCUGGAACAGCAGGCUCUUCUUGGCAAUCUCAUCAGAGCAGUCUUACCUGCGUCAUCGGGUGGUGGUGGACUCUUUCCAAUGUUCAACACACCGCAGACUGAUCCUCAGUUGCUUGGGACUGCUUCGUCUCGAGCCUCGCUGUUACUCAGCUCGACCUCACAGUUGACUUCGCAACUCUUGUCGCACUUCACCUCAUCGUGCGACCGGCGUUCCGACGCUCUCAGAGCUGCUGAGCAUGGCGCUACAGGGAUAGCAGGGGCCGUGAACCGGGCAGAGGGUGACAUGCGCGCCUUCGCAGCGGCCGUAUGGGAAUUAGGCAGAUCUGCUCAACGGCUAGUAGAAUGCUCAGAGAGUCUCGGAAGAGCUACUGAAGAGAAUGAUGACGCUGUGGACGGGAACAGUCACUCGACUAGACCUCGCAAGGAGCUCGGAGCGGAGGCCAAGACGGCGUGGCUAGAGACACAGGACAAGAAGAACCCCGUGCGAUGGUCCACGGAGCCUAGUGCAAAUAUAAUCUCGUCUCCCACUGGUCCUGCCACAUUGGACUUCACGCCGAUGAUCGAGACGAUGUCCGCAGUCUCUGCACACAUGCUGUCGGAAGCCAGACUCAUUGCGCAAAUCUUUCCGCCAGAACAGAAAGUUCUACUAGAGUGGGGCCAUAGGAUCGCCCAUCGAUUGGUCGAAGAAUACAUCCGUCCUCUUCUGGAGCUCGCGAAAAGAAGCUCCAUUCAUCUCUUCCUGCGCUCGUGUGCUGCCACUUUUACGCAGUCUCUGCGCUUAGUAGAAGCCCUUCUUGAGACCUCGAUACCAGAUCAAUUACCAGCGCCGUCCACUACGCACGAGACCGAUACAACAAGUGGUGCAAGACAGAGGCAGGAGUCAGACGCCUGGAAAGCUCGCUUCGACAAGGUCGUCACUCGCGAUGCUUGCUACGCGACCGUCUAUCAAGCAUGGGAAUUCGUGAUGACUGAUUACCUAGUAGAAGAGAAAGAGUGGAUCAGAACAGAGAUGGAACGGGUCGCAUACAAGUGGGAAGAAGAUCUUGCCAAUCAGGCCGCUGCUUCGAGAGUAGAUGCUGCUUUCUUGACAGCACAGAACCCCGCGGCGGUCAAGCGCACUGUCCUAUCAGGAUUCAAAGACGUCCUCUUGCUGCCAGUCACAGUCGUACCUCGCACUGCCGUCAAUGUCGGCGGAGCGGUCUUUCGGACGGCUGGCAAAGGCGUCAGUCACCUCAACCCUCUCAAGUGGCAAGGCUCUGCUGCCAAUGAGACAAAUCAGACCGAGUCAGGGUCGGCGGCAAGUCCCAGCGGUGAAAAUGGGUAUAUAGAUUUCUCGAAUGGCGGUCUGGACGUACAUCAGUAUGGCUCAGAAGACGAAGAUGAUGACGAACCCGGCAACUUGGAUGAAAGACUUGGGAGCCCCGACAACGAUGAAUGGAACGAAGAGGUCAAAGCUUGGAAGGAAGUAGCAAACAAGGCGACAAGAGAGGCAAAGCAAUACUCUGUCAGCACCGGACCUCAGCCGCGGAUUGGGACAUCCACAUUGCGCGCUAGCAGCGCACAUUCUAGAGCUGCGAGUGCGACGAGUCAAGCCAUUGCUCUACCCAGCACAGGACAACCGAACAGCAGGCCAGCGACUCCUAGAUCAGCUACGCCUACACCUGGGUUGGCUACACCGUCAUCGUUGCAGCGUAUGCAGCUGCUGUUGUCCUUAGACACGGCUCUACAGAUGAUACAUCUGAACCGCGAUUGCCUCAAGCGGAUUGGGACUUUCUCUGCUUUUCCUGGCGAAAUUGGCUCUCGCGUGCAAGAGGAGAUUGAAGAUGUGGCCGUUGCAUUUUUACAAUGCCUGGGUGAGCGUCACAUUAACCCUGGUUUCCAAAAGGCAACAUCACAGAUUAUCUCUUGGGCUCCCGCAGAGCAGAGUCGCAAAGCCGAUGCACGAAGCGGGAUAGCGACGACUGCUGACGAGGGGUUGGAGCAUGUCGAGCCACUAGUCCACUUCUUCGAGCUGGUCCAUGUCGGAGAUACUAUUGCGCAGAUGGUGCAAGUCUACUUUGACCAAGAGCUGUCUCGACACAUCGAUCGCGGCGACUUCUUCAAUUCGGUAGUCAGGGAGAAGAAGAGAUUCGAGAACGCGCUUGACGAAGCUGUCGCUGCGGGCCUCAAUGCGGGCGUCGAUCUUCUCAUGGGGCAGGUUGAACAUAUCGUGGCCACUACACAGGACCCUCGAGACUAUUAUCCGGAGAAGAGUUCAGACAUGGACCUUGGCAGGCCAACAGCAGCAUGUGCAAAAGCCAUCCAGUGCCUCCAGACACACUGCAAGAUGCUAGUAGGCUGUACUGAUAAGAACGUAUUGGAAGUUUUCUGGCAGGAGAUUGGGCUUCGGCUUCACACCAUCAUCUGCAAGCAUCUGAAGCGACAGAUCAUCUCGCUCGAGGGCGGCUUCAAAGUCAUCGCAGAUUUGAACGCCUACUAUGCCUUCAUUGCAAGCCUCAAGCAAUCGACUCUACUGCCCUACUUCGAGGCAUUGAAGAUGCUUGGUAACGUAUAUGUCAUUGAGGACCCAAAGGAGCUCGCUUCUCUGGUACGAGACACCACCGUCUUCCGUGGUACGCUCACUCCUGAGGAUCUUUAUGAGUUCUUGCAGGCACGAUGCGAUUUUAAGGCCAUCGAGAAGGCGGUCGACAAGGAGAUGUAUGGCUUCAAAGUCUCGGAGGAUUGCAAGGUAAUGUGAAGCAUGUUGCUGGUUCUGGUCUUGCCAUGGCUUCGUUGCCCCUGCACGCACCCCAUAAUGUCACUCUCAUCUCAUCGCGAUAUUCGACUACUCUGUAGCAAUGUGCUUUAAAAAGGUUUGAGAAGAUCAAGUAGGGCUUGCUUGUCAGCCCCGACUAGACAAAGGAGGCGUCAGCUUCCUUCUUGAGAGUGCUUCUGUCUUUCGAGACGCGCGGACGAAGGUGUUACAUGCAUUGAUUGUCGAU